UUCCUUCCGAGUAACAAUAGCAGAAAGGGAAAAUCAAAAGUCUCACUCAUAAAUUCUGCAAUGCUUUUCACUCACACUACUACUUCUUCUUCUUCACUCUCUUAGCUUUCAGUUUCUUCGUUCAUAAUCUUCAAUGGAAUCCGCUGUUGAUGUAUUAACAGCUAAACGCCUCUCUCCGACCGGGUUUUCUCUUGAUGGACUUAAAAGACUGAAAUUAUCAAGUGAUAGCCCGCCAUACCCAGCUCAUGAUAAAAUCGAACCAAAGACACCUCAGAAUUCAAAUGUUGUAGAAUACAGUAACCCAUUCGUAAUAUCUGAUGUUCUGGAUCGUUUAGAGAGUGGAAAGUUUGGAAGUGUCACAAAGGACAUAGAGGCCCUUAUAGCCCGGAAAAUGCAAAUACUGAGCCCUUACUUUGGAAAAUAUCCCAGACUUGUUAGUCAAUUAUUGAAAGUGGUAACGAACCAUGACGAAGGAACUCCUAAGUGGGUACAAGUUACUGGUGUGUCAGAUGAAUUGGAUCAAAAGGUCAUAGAUUUGGAGGGGGAGCAUAUAAAAAAGGAUGUUCCUGCAGCACCAAAUCCUGUUGUGAUUAUUGAUUCAGAUGAGGAAGAUGAUAAUGAUAAAAAAUCUAUUCUUUCAUUUCAUGAAGUCAUGUUGCCAACAGUAGCUGCACCGUCUCCAGCAUUGAAGAUGAUUGGGUAUCACACACCCAUUCCUUAUCGUGGAGAAAGUGAAGAUCUAAAAAUUCAGACAAGUACUGAUGAAAAAAAUAAAGGUAAAGGUGUUUACAUUGGUGUACAGGAAGGAGAAGAUCAUCAGGUCAAUGCUGAAGAUGAUGGUCUAGAUGAUAUUUGGAAGGAGAUGUCGAUGGCCAUAGAAUGUUCCAAGGAUGUUUCCGAGAAUCCUCUGCCGGAUGAAGAAGUGAACAAAGAUGAGGACUGUGAUCAUUCUUUUGUUUUAAAAGAUGAUCUUGGUUAUGUUUGUCGCGUUUGUGGAGUUAUCGACAGAGGAAUUGAAACCAUAUUCGAGUUCCAGUACAAGGUUAAAAGGAGCACUAGAACUUAUGCAUCUGAUUCAUGGAAUCCCAAAGAAAAAGAUGUAUUUGGAAUUAAUGUUGCUGAAGAUGAUCUCAUGGUAACUGAAAUCUCAGCACAUCCUAGACACAUGAAACAAAUGAAACCCCAUCAAGUUGAAGGAUUCAAUUUUCUUGUUAGAAACCUUGCGGGUGACCAUCCUGGGGGCUGCAUCUUGGCCCAUGCUCCUGGAUCUGGUAAAACAUUCAUGAUAAUCAGUUUCAUGCAAAGUUUUCUUGGCAAGUAUCCUAAUGCUAGACCUCUAGUGGUGCUUCCUAAGGGAAUAUUGUCAACUUGGAAAAAGGAGUUCCAAACAUGGCAAGUGGAAGAUAUACCAUUAUAUGAUUUUUACACUGUGAAGGCAGAUAGCAGAUCUCAACAACUUGAAGUGUUGAAGCAAUGGAUGGAGCAGAAGAGUAUCCUUUUCUUAGGAUACAAACAGUUCUCCUCUAUUGUCUGUGAUAAUGGAACUAACAAUACAUCGAUUUCUUGCCAAGAGAUAUUGCUUAAGGUUCCUUCAAUUCUCAUUUUAGACGAGGGACACACUCCAAGGAAUGAAAAUACUGAUAUGGUACAGUCCCUUGUGAAAGUACAAACACCUAGAAAAGUUGUACUGUCAGGAACACUUUAUCAGAAUCAUGUCAGGGAGGUAUUUAACAUCUUAAAUCUUGUGCGGCCAAGGUUUUUAAAGAUGGAAACAUCUAGGCCUAUUGUCAGGCGCAUUCAUAGCAGAAUACAUAUACCUGGUGUGAGAAGCUUCUUUGAUUUAGUUGAAAACACUUUGCAGAAGGACACAGAUUUUAAAAGGAAAGUCGCUGUCAUACAAGAUUUGCGUGAGAUGACAAGCAAGGUACUUCACUAUUAUAAAGGAGAUUUUCUUGAUGAGCUUCCAGGUCUUGUUGAUUUUACUGUGGUACUCAAUCUUACCACUAGGCAGAGACAAAAGGUUGAGGAAUUAAAAAAGUUAUCUAGAAAGUUCAAAAUAUGUUCCGUUGGCAGUGCUGUCUAUCUGCAUCCUGAAUUGAAAGCUAUAGCAGAAAAAUGUGGUGAGAAUUGUAUAUCUGAUAAUAUAAUGGAUGAUCUAAUUGAGAAACUAGAUGUGAGAAAUGGAGUGAAGUCGAAAUUCUUUCGCAACAUGCUAAAUCUAUGUGAAUCAGCUGGGGAGAAGCUUCUGGUGUUUAGUCAAUAUCUCUUACCCUUGAAAUAUUUAGAGAGGUUCACUAUGAAAUGGAAAGGCUGGAGUCUUGGAAGAGAAAUCUUUGUAAUCUCAGGGGAAUCAAGCUCUGAACACCGAGAAUGGUCCAUGGAUAAAUUUAACAAUUCUCCUGAUGCUAAAGUCUUCUUUGGCUCAAUCAAGGCAUGUGGAGAGGGUAUAUCAUUGGUUGGGGCAUCCCGCAUAAUUAUUUUGGAUGUCCAUCUCAAUCCAUCGGUUACUCGCCAAGCUAUUGGUCGUGCAUUCAGACCAGGGCAGAUGAAGAAAGUAUUUGUGUAUCGGUUGGUAGCUGCUGAUUCUCCUGAAGAGGAAGAUCACAGCACUUGUUUCAAGAAGGAAUUGAUUUCAAAAAUGUGGUUUGAAUGGAAUGAGUAUUGCGGUGAUCGAGCUUUUGAAUUUGAGGCAGUUGGUGUGAAAGAGUGUGGUGAUCUCUUUCUUGGAAGUCCAUUGUUAGGGGAAGAUGUAAAAGCUCUGUAUAAAAGGUAGAAUGUGGCUUUCAAUGGACUUGGGUGGGCAAUUAUUUUUUGUUUUAUGUGAUUGCCCAGUUUUAGCAUUGUAUCUUGGCACAUAACAGCGUAGGGAGUUACUGAAUUGAGCUGUUGUCAUUACUCUUCAUACAGUGAUAUGCUAUCCAUCUCUCGCACUCAGGGUUGGGGUGGGGAGAUGUAUAGUGUAUUCAAUUUUCUUCUAUUGUUGCAAUCCGCUUAGUCAUGUACUUAAAUUGCAUCAUCUUUUUUCCAAAAAAAAAUGUUUCAAGUUCUGUGUGUCUGCUUGAGAUGCUAAGAAUGCUUUGCUUCGGAAGAUAUAGGCAAAGCAUGAAAGCUAAACAUGAUAUAGUUAACUGGUUCAAAUUGUUGGAGACUAGAAUUUAGCGACUCAGAAUUGAGAUUACUGUCUUGUAUCAGUUCAUACAAUUUUUGGAAGGGAGGGGGAAUACCUGUUAUAAGCUUUUGGAAUAUUGGAUGUUGUAUGCUGCACACAAUUUCUAACUUGAGCUUUGUUUUUAAUAAAAAUAAAAUGUGUUACCUUGUGAUU